CGGUUCGGCGUCAGCUGCUGCUCCGUGUGCGCUCGCUGCCUCUCGGUGGAUGAAGCAAACGGUGAUGCGCUACCAGCCAGCACCGUUCCUUACAAAUCUGAAAAAGAGGUGACUUAUCAACACAUGACAUUCUCCAGUAUAAAGCCACUAACAAUGAAUGGAUUGUAAGCUGCCAGUCAUGGCUCAAAGGAAAAGGCCAGGGACCGGUGGGGGAAACAACAUGGCUACUCAAGGCCCUGCUUCCUGUCCCAGUACUCAUCCUGCAGACUCUUGUGAUCUAAAAGCACUUCCAGCAAGGCAACGCCCACUACGCUACCACAAUAAGUCACAUGAUUUGAAAACCAUCUCACAUACCCGUAAGGCACAAUAUUCCUGUCCCAAGGCUCAAGGCAUUGGUCACAGUCAUCCUGAAGAAGAUGCAAAUGCAGAGGUGGAAGUGAAGAGGUACAGCAAUAAAGAUGCUGAUGUGGAGAUUGAAAACCAGCGGCCGGCGACACCAUCUACACCAGAACGUAACCAUGACCCUGCUGACCAGGUAGACUUCAAUGGUGGAGGUGACAGCCUGGAUGAUGACUCCAGCUCUGACUAUAUCAACAACACCUCAGAUGAUGAGGAAGACUAUGACGAUGGACUGGCAGAGGAGGACGAGGGCGUGACUUACUACAUCCGCUAUUGCCCAGAAGAUGACAGCUACAUGGAGGGUAUGGAUUGCAGCACCCAGGGAGAUUGCCAUCACACCCAGGGUGACUGUGCCGGCACCAUGCAGCCAGCCACAUCUCAUGCUGAUGAAUGCCAGGAGGCUGUGGAAGGGUGGGCCGAGGAGGGGGAGGCAGAGGGAGGUGUGAGAGAGGAAGAAUGGGUAGAAAAUCAGGAGGGAGAAGGGCCAAUGAGAGAGGAGUGGAGAGAAGAGGAGGAAGAAGGGAGAGAAGAGUGGAGAGAGGGAGAUGAGGAGGUGCAAGGAGAGUGGGGAGAAGAGGGGCAGGUCAGACAGGAGCAGUGGGCUGGAAAUGAGAGACAAAGGGUAGAGGAGUGGGGUGAAGGGGAGGGGGAGGUCCGCUGUGAGGUUGUGGAGCAAGAUCCUGAUGAACAGAUAUACAAUGGACGACCAGAACCCAUCCUGGACCACCACCAUCACCAUCACUACCACCACCAGCCUGCCUUGCAAGACACCUUGCAUACCCGACUGGAUGACAGAGAGGAGGAGGAAGAGGCAGAUAGUGAAGACUAUUGCCCCAAUGAGGAGGAAGACGAUGAAGGUGAUGAGGAGGGACAUGAAAGGGCUUACACUGGAGAUUACUAUGUUCCAGAAGACAACGGAAACUCAGUGGUGGUCUCUCCAUACCGUAGCCGUAAAGUGUUGGUGGUAGAAGGGGAAACAGGUGAGGAGGCUGAGGAGGACAUUGACCAAAUUGUUGCUGAAAUUAAAAUGAGUAUGAGCAUGGGGAGUCUAAGCAGCGGUACCGACCAAAGCCCGGAGGAGCUGGCACAGGACCCUGCACCAAGUGAUUACAAUCAUCCUAAUUCUGAGGCAGCUCCAUACCAACCAGCACACCAUCGCCAUGACAGCAGGCCCAAGUCCCUGAACCUUCCCUCCAUGCACCACAACAACCCUGACCUCCAGAGGGGCAUCAAGGCACAUCCACGCUCCCCUGAAGACAGACGGAGGUGGUCACAAGAGCAGGUGAGCAAUGGAGCAGAGCAGCCUAGAAAACAGCAGCGGUCUGACCUCAACAUUCCCCUAGAGAACAACAACGUACCAGAGCCAACAAAGAAAGUCCCAUCAUUCCCCAGCUUUGUUGAUGUCCCAGGACCCUGUGAACCAGAAGACCUGAUUGACGGUAUUAUCUUCGCUGCGAACUACCUGGGCUCUACCCAGCUGCUGUCUGAGCGGAACCCCUCCAAGAACAUACGUAUGAUGCAGGCUCAGGAGGCCGUCAGCAGGGUCAAGAGGGUACAGAAGGCUGCCAAAAUCAAGAAAAAGGCGAGUGCUGAUGGGGACGCUCAAACACUCACUGAAGUGGAUUUGUUCAUCUCCACCCAGAGAAUAAAAGUCCUUAACGCAGACUCACAAGAAACAAUGAUGGACAAUGCUCUGCGGACCAUCUCCUACAUCGCCGACAUAGGGAACAUUGUGGUCCUGAUGGCGAGACGCCGAAUGCCUCGCACGGCCUCGCAGGACUGUAUCGAAACUACCCCCGGUGCUCCCGAGGCUAAGAAGCAGUACAAGAUGAUCUGCCAUGUCUUUGAGUCUGAGGAUGCCCAGCUCAUCGCUCAGUCCAUAGGCCAGGCGUUCAGUGUAGCCUACCAGGAGUUCCUGAGAGCCAACGGCAUUAACCCUGACGACCUGAGUCAGAAGGAGUACAGCGAAAUCAUCAACACCCAUGAAAUGUACAAUGAUGACCUUAUUCACUUCUCCAACUCUGAGAACUGCAAAGAGCUGCAGCUGGAGAAGAGUAAAGGGGAGAUCCUGGGUGUGGUGAUCGUGGAGUCUGGCUGGGGCUCCAUCCUGCCCACAGUUAUCUUAGCCAACAUGAUGAACGGCGGGCCGGCCGCACGCUCCGGCAAGCUCAGCAUCGGAGACCAGAUCAUGUCCAUCAACAACACCAGCCUGGUGGGGCUGCCACUCGCCACCUGUCAGGGAAUCAUUAAGGGCUUAAAGAACCAGGUACAGGUGAAAAUGAACAUUGUCAGCUGCCCCCCGGUUACUACUGUCCUCAUUAAGAGACCCGACCUGAAAUACCAGCUGGGAUUCAGUGUCCAGAAUGGCAUUAUCUGCAGCCUGAUGCGAGGAGGCAUCGCUGAGCGAGGCGGUGUCCGCGUGGGUCACAGGAUUAUCGAGAUCAACGGUCAGAGUGUGGUGGCCACAGCGCAUGAGAAGAUUGUUCAGGCCCUCUCCAACUCUGUUGGCGAGAUCCACAUGAAAACCAUGCCGGCCGCCAUGUACAGGCUUCUAACAGGACAGGAGACGCCAUUGUACAUAUAAACGACAGCCAGGAGGCGCUUCACAGGACACACAGUCUGCUGUGGUUCCAUCUGACAGUGCAAACUACAGACUAUCCACCGGCCGGAGGGUUAUUAGUCCCAUUUCUCUCUUUUUCAUUCCUUGGGUUGAUUACUUCCGUUUCUCAUCAUCCCUCCCUCGUCUGUGCUUAACUCGCUUCACAGCCAUUGUGAUGACCGGAGAUACGUAAUCCAGUUAAAUCCAUCUGACCAGCUGAGGAAGCAGCACGCGUGUGUGGAUAUGUGUGAAUACCGAUUAUUUAUUUGUCCAGUUUGUGCUUUUCCUCUUUUUUUUCUUGUCACAUCAGUGGAACUGUGAAUGAUGUUAUCAAGUGAAUGCAUCACAGUUUUUCUUCUUUUUUUUUUAUCCCUGUAAUGCAAUAUGAUACUCCUGCUAUACUUUUUUGUAUAGUUUCAUUUUCCUCUUUUAAUUUAUUUCCCAUGUAAAUACAUAUUUUGCUAAUAUUGUGAGUGAGGGUAGUAGGGAGGGCGGGGCCACAGCUGCACUGUAAAUAGUUACCGAAUCCUGCUGUUCAGGUGGAUGCAGACCGUGAAGACGGCAAAGGCACAAUUAGAUAUUGGAUAUCGCAGGAACUGGCAGCAAAAAAAGAUGGAUGAGUUAUGUGUUUGAUUAUGCUGAGUCGAUGUACCAUAGAUGUGAAUCAAACCAGUGCUUUCAGCAGGGGUUUACGGGAGAAACGCCAUAUACUUUUUGAUUUAUGUCAUUUUAAAGGCAAUACAUGAAUCCAACCUUUGACUGGAGUCUUUUCUAAAUCUCAUGAACAAAAAAAAAUAACAACAAAAAAACUCACUCAUAUUUAAACAAGGAGCAACUACUAACAUGCAUACUCAUGCUUUUGAUAUCAAGUCACUUGUGUGGAAAAACCUUUCUUUCAUGUGCUACUUCCCUGUAUGUUCAUCUUUAGUGCUCUGACUGGAACUCAUGCAUACUAUGAGUGGACUGUGAAUGUAACUGUGUCGUGUGAGCUGUCUCAAUGCCAUAAACAGUAUUAGAAUGUGUGUACAUAAAGAGAAACUCGUCUAGUAUAGUGUUCAUGAUAAGAAACAAAACACACAGGUUUACCCACCGCAAACAUCCGCCCAACUGUACGUUGGCCUUCAGGCUCCAGGGGGACAGAGAGAGCUGUGAAUCACACACUGUGACAGAAAAAAUAAAUAAAAAGCCUUACCUCAGAGUAAUGGUUUUACAAUGCAUUGUAGUAAAUUCUAACCGUACAAACAUUAUCUGUGUGCAUGCCUCGUAAAGUAGUAUCAUUGUCAUUGUGGCAAGAUAAUAAAACCUGAGUUCAACCUGAUUAGAUUGUUUGUUUGUUUUUAUGUCAUUAUUAUCAGUGUAAUAGAAAACUAUGAAUGCUGCCUGAAAAUGAAUGAUGGUUAAGAGAUUUUACAUGAUUUAAUAAAGAAACUCCAUGUUUGUAGUCAACCAGAUUUGUUGCCAUAUUCAGAAAUGUGAG